AUGUAUGGAUGGACUUGUAUGGUGAAGCUGUUUUGUGGUUACUUAUAUGGUUACUUCAAUACAUCGGUAUCUCAGGGUACGUCGUCAGGCGUAUCUGUGUCCCCUGGACUGUUCAUUUUAUUGCCAUUACCGUACCUCGUGUUUGUGUUGCGCGGUGCGUUCCAAUUACUACCUCGUACACUGACUGCUCGGACAGGUGGCCGCGAUGGUCGUUCAAGUGUUGUAACUUCGUCCGGCGUGGGACCAGUGUCGACAGCGCCGACAAAUUUACCGGUAGAUCGCAAGGUUCACCAUGCGGGUGCGAGCGGUGGAGUCUCUACGGGCGGUAUAGGGCAAAUCGCUGACCCAGUUGACGGCGGUGGUCUGGACCGCUCGGCUGGUGCACGAUACGGUCACGAUUGGGGUUUACAUACACACAACUUAUCCCAGCGCGAGUUCGGUUGUCAACCAUUUGGUGUGCUCGAAGCCCUGUUGACGGACAUGGUCAUCGCGGUGAUGCUCGACUUAACGGACACGCUAACCAUAAUCGAUCUGCUACCCGCCAUUAGCGCAAUCGACGACCCCUGGUCGGCCAUUAUUGCCUACGUAGUCUGUGCCUGCACGUUGGCAACUUGGUUCAUGCAUUCGACCGCAUAUCCUACCUCCGAAAGCGAUGUCCUUAUUACCCGGAAAACCGUAUGCAUGACCAGCAUCUGGAUGUGCGACCUACCCUUUCUUAGCAUCCGCCUUCUAGUCUGGUGGCUAGCCCCCCUCUAUCCCGGUCUCCAGGGCAUGGUCCUAAAAAAUGUCAUCGGAAUCCCUCUUUGGCUCAUCAGACUGAGACACUGCCGGGACCUCGAGAUUGACACUGAUAACGUCAAUGAACAAAUCACACACCAAAUACUUACACAUGAAACGCAACAUCAUGCAAACCGACGUUUCGCCACACACAGGUUACAGGGAUUCCGCAGCGCACGCUCUAAAAGCCACACAGCAUCGCUGCUCUUCGGCGUCGAAGAAAACCCCCAAGACAUGACACGGGAGAGCAGAGCGAUCCACUGGACCAACUCCUACAGCAAAGUGAAGAAGAAAACCGACCCAGAGUCAAAUUUGGGGAUGGCGAUACCGACUCUGAACUCUCGUCGCGAUCUGAUGACCAAGAUGCACCAAACGAACGGGACGACGACCUGA